AUGGGCAGCAGGUCCUCUUCACUCAGGGCUAACUCUGGAGUCUCCUACGCAAAGAAAUCUUUGAGGGACUCUACAAAGCAGCAGCAGCAGAAACAGCAGCAGCAACAGCAGCAGCAGCUGCAGCAGCAGCAGCUGCUGCUGCAGCAGCAGCAGCAGCAGCAAGAGCAUCAACCGCUGCGACAUCCCAGCAUUAUUAGCUUUUAUGGAAGCCACGAAGAUGAAAAAUACUACUACGGGGUUUUUGAACUUUGCGGGGGAAGAAAUCUCUUUGGCGAAAUUUGCCGUUGGAAUUCUUUUUCGGAGUUUGAAGCUGUUGGACUUGUGAAACAAAUGCUGUCGGCUGUCAAGUACAUGCACGAGAAUGGCUUUGUCCACAGAGACAUAAAAGCUGAGAACUUCAUGUUUCGAACUGAAUUGGAAUUAUCUUCUUUGCUAAUGAUUGAUUUUGGAUUAGCAACAAAAAUCACAAAAGGAGAAACCCUAGAUGUUGUUUGCGGCAGCCCCAGAUACAUUGCGCCAGAGGUCCUCAGGAGAAGCUAUAGUGAAAAGUGCGACUUGUGGUCAUUGGGAGUUAUUGUCUAUUUGCUGCUUUUUGGAUUUCAUCCUUUUGGAGAUUGGAAAGGAGCUUCUUUCGAGGACAUCGCAGAUGAAGUCUUAAAUGCAGAAGUGGCAUUUUUGCCGAAAUGGGGAGUCCAGCCGCCUUCAGAAAAGGCGACGGAGUUUCUUAAGGGGCUUUUAACCAGAGACCUUAGGAGACGCCUUUCUGCAGCAGAUGCACUGAAGCACCCCUGGCUGGAAGCAGACAGCGCCGUGCUGCAGCAGACUCUGGUAGACCCCGCAGUCAGGGCCAUGGCGAAAGAAGUACUUUGCAAAGAAAAGACACAAAUGGAGACAAUUGACAUUGAGGAGACACUUUGA